GAAAAAACCUUCGUAUUAAAAAACAGAUGGCGACUCAUCUGAGUCCACGAAAUUCCGAAGUAAAUGCUCUAGAACAAAGGGGGUACCUAAUCGGAAAAAAAAUUGGCCAAGGUUCAUAUGCUACUGUACAUUUAGCUGAUUUUGUCGACAAUGCCGGCCCAAAGAAGAUGCGCCUUGCAUGCAAAAUUUUUGACAAAGAAAAAGCUCCUAAGGAUUUUCUAGAAAAGUUUUUUCCUAGAGAACUAGAGAUUCUAACUAAGAUUGAAAACCAACACAUUAUACAAGUACAUAGUAUUCUGCAAAGAGGACCUAGGGUGUUUAUAUUUAUGAGAUAUGCCGAUAACGGGGAUCUUUUGGAUUUUAUUAAAAAAAAUGGAGUCGUGCCUGAGCAGCAAGCUAAAAUAUGGUUUAGACAAAUGGCCAGCGGACUUCAUUAUCUUCAUGGUAGGAACAUUUCACAUCGGGAUUUAAAAUGUGAAAAUAUUUUGCUUUCGAGAAGAUUUAAUGUAAAGUUGGCUGAUUUCGGUUUUGCGCGAUUUUGUGUCGAUUCGGAUAAUAGAAGAAUACUUAGUCAAACGUAUUGCGGAUCGGCUGCUUAUGCAGCUCCUGAAGUCGUCAACGGAACACCAUAUAAUCCCAAGCUAUCUGACGUUUGGUCCUUAGGAAUAAUACUAUUUAUAAUGCUGAAUGCUUCUAUGCCUUUCGACGAUUCAAAUUUAAGAAAAUUACUAAAAGAUCAAAUGACUAAAAACUGGGUUUUUCGAUCAAGAGUAAGAGAUAGUCUAUCCACAUUGGCUAAAUCAUUGGUGAGACAUCUAUUAGAACCUGAUUUGACUCAAAGACUAACGCUAGAUAGAGUUAUGCAACAUGAAUGGCUAAGAAUGCGCAGAGAGAGGCCUUCUCUUAUUGGCAGGUUGGUACAUAAUUCUGUGGAAAAUCAUUUUCCACAUGUCAGUGUGUAUGACGACGAAAAAGUACCUGGAGACUUUCAAAAUCCCGAUAACAAGAAAAGCGAAAUGAGGAUAGCUAUCAACGACAAUUCAAUGAAUUGAAUUAAUAGGGGUUAAGAUGGCUGGUAUGAUUUUUAAAGAUAUAUAAUUUAACUGUUUUUACUAUACUAGCUUAAUGGUUCAUUAAAUAUUUCAUAUUCCUAUAAAUCUGAACAUAUUUGUUUAAAGUGCUAUAAUUUUAUGUUUUGUUUUAUUGGUUUCUGGAAUAUUGCUAUUAAAUUUAUAGCCAGGUAAACAUAUUGAUUAUAAUAAGUUUUAAGUUGUACACAUUUUUAAUAUUAUAGAUACAAGUAAUAGGGGUGACUCGGGAAGGUAGUACAGUUUGUAGCAAUUAAUAUUUCUAGAGCCAUUGAUUGUGAUACCGGUUUGCAUGUUUAUUAAUUUGCAUUAUAAUUAAUGAUUAUUUUAUGCAUUAUAAUUAAUCUUGAUAAUAUGGUAAGUUUCAGUAUGCGCGAUUGAUAAACAGAGUAAAUAUUUGUUUAUAUUUACAAUAACUGGAUUUUAUCAAAAAAAGAUUAUAUAGUAUAGGUCAAGAUACAGUGUUUUAUUGCUUUGACUUGUAAAAUAAAACGUCUGUAUCUUGACUUAUGCUUCACGUACUUUGAUACUACGAAUAGCACAGACAAACGAGGAAAUGAAAUUAUUAUUGUAGUUUAGAGAUUCUAGAUAAAGUAUAUUUAGCCUUCUACAGUCACCGAUGUAACAACUUAUUUCAUAAUAUAUCCUAUCUCACCUACUACUUGGCUAAACAUUUAUAUUUUAAAAUUAGUGUACACAGAAACACAAAGGUUUACAUUUAAUAUUUUUAAUCAUUCUGUUUUCUAAAGCACAUAAAAUGUAUACAUCGUAUUUUUCAGCCAUUUAUAUAUAACAACUGAUUAUUUAAAUACAAUCAUGAAAGUUACUAUAUCGACUCAUGUAGCUUUAUAUUUAAUAAUUUAUAGAACAUUUUAAAUUUAAUAAGAGUUGAAUACCUAACCUUUUCAAGAAUUAUUAGGAAACAUGAAAUCCUACUAUCAUCAUCAUAGCAUCUUUAGUUUCAUAGAGAGUAAAAACAAUAUAUCUUUAAGAGCUAUACUAGCCAAAUAAAAAUACUAAAGACAAUUAAUUUCGGGAACCUUAAAAUAAAUUGUUAACGUAUAUAAUAAAUAUAU